AUGGCAGCCGACACUGGGACUCGAACCCGCGCCACCGAGAGACGGCGGCUCAAAUACUAUAAAGCAAUUGUCAAAAUAGGAGAGGGAACGUUUUCUGAAGUUAUGAAGAUGCAGAGCCUGAGGGACGGAAGCUACUACGCGUGCAAGCAGAUGAAGCAGCACUUUGAAAGUGACAGAAAAUCUGGUUCUCUUGCACUAAUAUGUGAACUUAUGGACAUGAAUAUUUAUGAGCUAAUACGAGGGAGAAGACACCCAUUGUCAGAAAAAAAGAUUAUGCACUAUAUGUACCAGUUAUGUAAAUCCCUUGAUCAUAUGCACAGAAGUGGAAUAUUUCACAGAGAUGUAAAGCCAGAAAAUAUAUUAAUAAAGGCCUCCCCCUUUGGCUUCAUCAGUGAAAUGAUUGAUUCUCUGCAGCCCCUCUUCCCCGGAGCCAACGAGCUGGACCAGAUCUCAAAAAUCCACGACGUCAUUGGCACCCCUGCUGAGAAGACCCUCACCAAGUUCAAACAGUCGAGAGCUAUGAGUUUUGAUUUUCCUUUUAAAAAGGGAUCAGGAAUACCUCAGCUGACAGCCAGUCUGUCCUCACAAUGCCUCUCCCUCCUGCACGCAAUGGUGGCCUAUGAUCCCGAUGAGAGAAUCACUGCCCACCAGGCCCUGCAGCAUCCGUACUUCCAAGAACAGAGGGCGGCUGAGAACCAGGCUCUGGCCAGCCUCAGGAAAGCCUUCUUUCCAGAGCAUCCUGUGGCAUCGGAACUUCUCAGUAACAGUUGGCACACUUCAAAGGAGGACAGAAAGCAGAAACAGUGCCUAAAGCCAGAGGACCAUCCCAAGAGACCAGGACCGGCCUACCUAAUGGAACUGCCCAGACUGAAGCUUUCAGGAGUGACCAAACUGCCCUUGUACUCCAGCCCCGCGCUGCACUCCGUGUUCGGCCUGGGGGCCGACAGGAAAGCGCCGGUGCUGAGGCCCCCCAAGUGUGUUGGCGCCAACCAGAAGACGGAUGCGCAGAAAGACAGUAAGCCCAGCCUGAAGCAGUGUCGCCUGCCCACAAUCGAAAGGAAGGGCGGAGGCUACCGAGCCGCCCGUGCCGGCUCCCCUGCCGGGAGCACGAGACCAGGCGCGGCCAGGCCGGGCCCCGCGGAUCACCGCCGAGCCUCGGAUGGAGGGCUCCGGGAGAGGCCUGGCAUGUCCCCCUCGCAGAGCCCUGGCAUCCCCCGAGACCAUUGCCCCGCAGGCCAGCCAGCGCCCACCUGGCCUGGAGCCCCCAGCCUGCAGCGCCUGGCAUCCUGA